GCGGGCAGCUAUAAAUCACCCCAUCCCGCGUCUCGCCGAACACUCUAUCGAAGGCUGCCAGAUGUUAACAUCCUGCUGAACUGAAGUUCCGCGCACAUUGGCCUAAAGAUGAUUUAUAGCAAGUUACGGAUCUUCUUCGUCCUUAUCGGUUUUGCAGUGCUGCCGGUUCACCCUUCAGCUGCAGCAAAGCGUCCGUCCGAUCUGACCUGCAACGUCACCGAGAAAAACAAUGCAUUCAUCUACCUCCUGUCCCACCCACCCAGUUCCUCCAAGUGCAAAACGCUCUGGGAGGACAAGAACAGGACUGUCAUCGUAAUGAACCGUGAGUCUGUCCCAGCGGUCCAGAAUGUGACCGACCAGUCGCUCACCCUGGAUCACUGCGAGCCCUCACUGGCCUACACAGUGGAGUGCCACGAUGAAACAAACAUGCUGAUGGUCCGUGGAGAAGCCAACUGCCAAAUCAACUGCAGCAGACUCCUGGAUCCAGAAGAUAAUCUCACACCCAAUGUGAACUCCACCAUGAUCUGCAUCACUGAGAGUCGGUGUCUGCCAAUGACUUCCUUUGUUUUUAUUGUCAUCGGUUUAAUUGGUAUUGUUAUUUUAGUUGUUGUGGCUCUUUGGUGUUACAAGAAAUGGAGAGCGAGAGGAUCUGGGACAACGGGAGUUUUUUACACUCAACCAUGUGAACAGGUGGUAGUCAACAUAAAGACCCCCGUAGGAGACGAUGUGGUGCAAAACCACAUCGUCUGAACAAGGAAGAAGGGAAGUGUCAAUGUUCUCGAUAAUGUUUUUUUAAGUCCUCAUCAUCAGUGCCUUAUUGACAAAUUAUGAAAUAAGAUAAGAAAACUGCAGAUAGAAAACUAUUAAUAUUAUAUUAUAUCAUGUAUUAUAACUAGUUAUAUAGAGGGGAGGAGUAUAAGUAUUAAGAUAUGUCAUAUGACGGUGUUUAAACUUGUUCGGGAAGGUUAACUGUAACUGUCCAUCAGCUCACCUGAAGGUAAAACCACAUGAUGUGGUGCCUUUCUGAUCAAUUGUGAUAUUGAUCUUCGCUGUGGAAGUGGAGAUUAAUUCAUUAUAACUUUAUAAUACGUUUGUACACAGUUGACAUGUUGUAUCUCAGGGAUCUUGGACUCCUGCUUUGACUCAUGUGAGAAACCUGGAGGCCGUUUCAAAUAAAUACCAAAUAAAACCAGAACUGAGAGUUUAAAACGGCUGGAAAGCUGCGUGGAGCAGCAAAGUUAUAAGAUGUUCAUUAUGAGUGAAUGACUUUAGAAUAAAGGCUCAUUUGAUGUUUUCAUAAUUCUGAUUAAUGCAAAUGUAAAGACAAUGAAUAGUUUAGAUUAUUAUGAAAUUUGCUUUGCUUUUAUUUUUGUGGAAAUCAAAGAAAAUCAAAAUGUGCUCUCCUUUUAAUCAUGCCAAUUAUUCAAUAUAUGUGUUUAUUAAGAUAACUCCAGUUUUAAUUUAAGGUAAGGGUAAGUUUUUACCCCAAUGUAAACUAUUUGGGGUGGUAUAAACUAAUGAUUCUAUGCAUUUGUUGUGUGUAUUUUCUGUUCAGUAUAUUGAACCUGAUUGGAAAGUUUAAAAGUGGGGCGUAGGAACAUGUUUUAUUUGGCUCUGUAUACAAAUCAGAGUUUUGGGGUUAUGAAAUAAUGCUGUUCAGAGAUGAUGAGUGUGGCUUAUAUGAGUGCUUCCUGCUGAAUAAAUCAUUAAAAAAAACACACCUCCAUUGUAUCUUCAGAUCGACGUCUCAGCCUCUCAGAGGCUGUGAGUUGCUCUCGUGGAGGGUUUCUGACUUUUUUUCUGAAUACAAAAUAAAAAAAUGUAACGUGUCA